CAGUGUCACAGCACCGUGUGUGUGUUUCUCGCCUGACAGGUUAGCAUAGCUUAGCUUAGCCUAGCCUAUCAUAGCCUUGCAGCUCCCAGCCGCAGCUCUGCCGCCGGACCGGGUGGUUAUGUUUGCCGGAGACAGGACCGUACGCCGAGGCUUGCGCACCACCGACUCAUGGCGGCCGAAAUUCAGCCCCAGCCGCAGGCUCGUAAGCCGUGUCUGCUGAGCAAGAUCGAGGCUUUCCAGGAGGUUGUGAGCACGGCGGUCAUCAUCCCCAAAGAAGACGGUGUGAUCAGCGUGUCUGAGGACAGGGCUAUUCGAGUAUGGCUGAAGAGAGACAGUGGUCAGUACUGGCCCAGCGUCUACCACACAUUGCCAUCCUCGUGCUCCUGUAUGUCCUUUAACCCAGAAACCAGGAGGCUAUCUCUGGGGAUGGACACUGGGAGUAUCUGUGAAUUCAUCCUGUCAGAGGACUACAAUACGAUCACCCCUGCACGCACCUACCAGGGUGAGGGUGGAACCCACCAGGGCAGAGUGACAGUGGUGCUGUUUGUGUUGGAGAUGGAGUGGCUCCUGAGCACUGGCCAAGACAAAAACUUCACCUGGCACUGCUCGGAGAGCGGCCAGCAGCUGGGGACAUACCGCACGGCCGCCUGGGUUUCUGGUCUACAGUUCGAUGUGGAAACCAGACAUGCCUUCGUAGGGGACCAGUCCGGUCAGGUGACCAUCCUGAAGCUGGAGCAGGAGAGCUGCAGCCUGGUCACCACCUUCAAGGGACACACUGGUAAUGUGACGGCACUGAGUUGGGACCCGGUCCAGAGGGUCCUGUUCUCCGGCAGCUCCGACCACUCCAUCAUUAUGUGGGACAUCGGAGGGCGAAAAGGAACAGCCAUUGAACUGCAAGGACACAAUGACAAGGUUCAGGGAUUGUGCUACGCCUCACACACUCGUCAGCUCAUCUCCUGCAGCUCAGAUGGAGGCAUCGUCAUCUGGAACAUGGACGUAACAAGACAAGAGACUCCGGAGUGGCUUGACAGUGACUCAUGUCAGAAGUGUGAGCAGCCUUUCUUCUGGAACUUCAAACAGAUGUGGGACAGUAAGAAGAUCGGCCUACGACAGCAUCACUGUAGGAAGUGUGGCCAAGCUGUGUGCGGCAAGUGUUCGUCCAAACGCUCCAGCAUCCCCCUAAUGGGCUUUGAGUUCGAGGUGCGUGUGUGUGACAGCUGCCACGAGUCCAUCACUGAUGAGGACCGAGCGCCCACAGCCACCUUCCACGACAGCAAGCACAGCAUCGUUUACAUGCACUAUGAGCCCACCACUGGAAAUCUGCUCACCUCUGGCACUGACAAGGUUAUCAAGCUGUGGGACAUGACUCCUGUGGUGUCCUGAGGUCUGGGGACGCACAGCAGCAGUCGGCGGGAACCUCCGUUCACCAAACUGUGAGAGUUUAGCGUGAACAUCCACAGUUGGAAGAGAAGGAGAGCAGCGUAUUCAACAGUAUUGAUGUCAUCCGGAUAAUAUUUAACAGUUAUUCAACAACAAGCUGCGGCUGUUGCGCAUCCACAGUGAGAACACUGCAGGGAGCAGUGCAGCCUGGGAUCAGGACAGGCCUCGGUUGGCUCAAGAUUAAAGACAGUUGUUUUUGUUUGUUUUGUCUGUCUGUCUGUCUGUCUGUCUGUCUGUCUGUGUGUGUAAGGGAAUGAGGUGUUUGACUCUGUGAGCAGCUGACACACUUUAUUUGCUUAAUUUUCAUGCAUUCCUUUCCGCUUCUCAUGCUGGAAACUCACCAAACAAGCUUCUGCACUGCGGUCAGCGGAUACCCUGGAAACCAAACCAGACUUCGUGGAUCUGGACCCCAACUCAAUGACAGAUUUAAUCCCACGGUUAGCUGGCUGCAGAUUCUCCUCAAGAGGGAGCUGCGUAUUCAUUGUCAAACCUCGACUACGCUCAACAACCUGCACCACCCGCAGGAGAGCAAAGUAACAGCAGUAGAUAACACUGACAGAUGGCGUCCUCUACAGGCAAAUGUUAAGUUUUAGAAGAGUAAUUGAAUCAACAAUUGUUUACCUUUCUAAACACUCAAUUAUUUCGCAGGUUGUGCAUUUAUCACACAAACCUAUUUUUUUGCUUUGCUUAUUUUCUAUAUUUUAUAGUUUUUAUCUAAAAUAUAAAACAUGUAAACAAAUGGACAAGUCAGCCUCAUUGCCUGCGGGUAGCAGAAGCGUCAUCACUGCAGGAGCUGUUGCCUUCCUUGCCUGUAGGUGGUGCUACUGAGAAUAUUGACAAUAAACGUAAAGCGAGGUUAACUCAGGACAAUGGACGCUGACCGGGUUUUCAGACAGUGUCAUGGUUGUCUGAGUGCAGACUACCCUUGUUAGCUUUUGUCAUUCGUAAAUGAAUGAAUCAAUGUCUCUAUGAUCUUUUAAAAUAUUCCCUAUGUUCUUUUGAGAUUAUUUAUUAUUUCAAGCUUGUCCUUAAUGUUUCUAACAUGCAAACGCACAUAUCAUCAAAAAACAAUCAGAGGGAGCACUUAAAUACUUUACAUGUGAAAACACUGACAGGAAACUCGUGAACAUGGUUUACUCUCGUUUUGUUCUCAUCAUUACUGUUUUGUUUUGGUCACUUUACUGUAAAUAUAUAUUUACGUCUGCACUGGAAUCAAGAAGCAAAAUGUUGUUACAAACCAAUGCUGUGAAGAUGAAAUUUUCCUUUUUUUUUACGAUUAUCACUUUUCUUGCUUUAAUGGUCUGAUGAUAAUUAGGUUGAAUUAACCCCCUCUUAAUGUUUCCAAAGAUGUUUGAGAAUACUGUUUGUGUCUGAUGCUUUAUAAGGAUUUUCUCCAACAAUAUAGAAAAGAGAAAAAGUUCUUGACUGUUUGAUAGCUCCUCAUGAAGGUACAUUUACAUCAGCUAUUAAACUCAUGAAUAUGAGCCUGAGGUUGCUGCCCCUAAACUACAAAUGAUGUGUAUUGAAUUUGUUUCCAAACGGUUUCUAAUGCACCACAACUUGUUUGAGGUUUGGUUUAUUGAUAAUUAUUGCUGCCUGAAGUAUCCCCACACCAGAAGACAAAAUUGCUUGUUUUGAAAAGGAAAUACCAGUGAUCAUGGUCAAGUUUGUGAUUUAGAGCAAAAAUGUAUAGAAUCGCCAGUGUUGUCCAAACCCAGAAAACAACAGACACAAAAUUGAAAUAAACAAAACCUAAACUUCUGCUGCAGUCAAAAUAAACUUGUCUGAGGCCAGUUGUGAUCAUUGAUGUAACGUGUGUAUGAAUAAUAUAUUAAAAGAGCAGGUAUUUACCUA